CACACUUUGUCAACAAACAUAUUUUUCUUUUCCUCAUUUCAUUCUUUUUGUUUUUCAUUCCUCUUCAUUCAUUCCGUUUCUUCGAUACUUGACAUACUUUGUUUAAACUCUAAAGCUUUAUAUCCAACAUAUUCAUAACAUGGUCAAAGUUACUAUUUGUGGUGCUGCUGGCGGUAUCGGUCAGCCAUUGGCGCUUCUCCUAAAGCAAUCAGAGUUGAUCACACAUUUGGCUCUGUAUGAUGUCGUGAAUGCGCUCGGUGUGGCUGCAGAUUUAUCUCAUAUCAAUACUCGCUCCAACGUUACUGGACAUGGAAAGGAAGAUAUGGACGAGGCUUUGAAGAAUGCACACACUGUUGUCAUUCCGGCUGGAGUGCCUCGCAAGCCUGGUAUGACCCGGGAUGACCUUUUCAAGAUCAAUGCAGGCAUUGUCCGUGACUUGGCUGCAGGUAUUGCCAAGAACUGCCCCGAGGCCCAUGUCUUGAUUAUCUCUAACCCUGUCAACUCUACAGUGCCUAUUGUGUGCGAAGUCCUCAAGAAGCAUGGCGUUUUUAAUCCCAAAAAAGUCUUUGGCAUCAGUACGCUGGAUGUUGUCCGCUCAUCUAGGUUUGCGUUCGAAAUUAACAAUGCGAUCGAUCCACAGUCAACAAGGGUUACUGUAAUUGGUGGACACAGUGGGGUUACCAUUGUGCCGGUCCUCUCCCAGAUCCCUGGACAAACCUUUACCAAGGAGCAGCUCGAGGCGCUGACACACCGCAUUCAAUAUGGUGGGGAUGAGGUUGUAAAGGCAAAGGAUGGCGCAGGAUCUGCAACACUGUCAAUGGCUCAUGCAGGUGCGCGCUUUACCAACGUAAUCCUUCAGGCGACGGUUGCAGGCAAGGCUGGUCUAAUCGAGUCGACCUUUGUGAACUUGGAAGCCGAUCCUGAGAGCACAGCUGGUUUCAGGGCCAAGACUCAUUUGGAUUAUUUCGCACAGGAUGUCGAAUUUGGUCGUGAGGGUGUGAGUAAGAUCUUGCCUCUUCCCACCCUCUCAGAUUAUGAGCAAUUAUUGCUGGGUGCUGCUAUUCCUGAGCUUAAAGUUAACAUUAUCAAGGGAGCUGCUUUCAUCACAGACGACGCCAAGAUCUAAGCAGGCGUUUUUUCUUUUUUUUUUUUCUUUUUU